AUGGAAGGUAAACCCAGGGCCACACUUACUCCAGGAUCAACAAUCAUACCAGUAGGGGGCAGUGUGACACUGACCUGCUCUGUGGGGAGCUCUGCUGACUGGAAAUAUGAGUGGUUCAGACGUGACCCAAACACUGAAGUUCAAAUCAGAACAGAUGAUUUUAACGUCGGAGUAAUCAGAGUAUCUGAAGGAGGAAUCUACCACUGCAGAGGAAGAAGAGGAAACCCAGAUUACUACACUGAUAAAAGUGAUGAUGUCACCAUUGAGAUAACCUUUUCCAAUAAGGUUGUUGUAAAAGGACGACCCAGCUGGCCUCAGAUAUUCAGCAGUGAGACGAUCAGUCUGACAUGUGAGGUGCAGGAAGGAGGUGAAUCCACUGAGUGGGAGUAUAGAUGGAGAGGACCCAACCAAACCACACAGUGGACUCACAAUAAUUACUGGAUAUUCAAUGUUUCUGAGUCCAGCAGUGGAGACUACAUGUGUAAGAGUCGACGCAGAGAUGACUCAUAUUCUUCAACAGAGUGGAGUGAAGCCUUCAACUUGUCAGCAUCAACAGGUAAACCCAGGGCCACACUGACUCCAGGAUCAACAGUCAUACCAGUAGGGGGCAGUGUGACACUGACCUGCUCUGUGGGGAGCUCUGCUGACUGGAAAUAUGAGUGGUUCAGACGUGACCAAAACACUGAAGUUCAAAUCAGAACAGAUGAUCAACAAAACAGAGUAAUCAGAGUAUCUGAAGGAGGAAUCUACCGCUGCAGAGGAAGAAGAGGAAACCCAGAUUACUACACUGAUAAAAGUGAUGAUGUCACCAUUGAGAUAACCUUUUCCAAUAAGGUUGUUGUAAAAGGACGACCCAGCUGGCCUCAGAUAUUCAGCGGUGAGACGAUCAGUCUGACAUGUGAGGUGCAGGAAGGAGGUGAAACCACUGAGUGGGAGUAUAGAUGGAGAGGACCCAAGCAAACCACACAGUGGACUCACAAUAAUUACUGGACAUUCAAUGUUUCUGAGUCCAGCAGUGGAGACUACAUGUGUAAGAGUCGACGCAGAGAUGACUCAUAUUCUUCAACAGAGUGGAGUGAAGCCUUCAACUUGUCAGCAUCAACUGUGCUCAGUUCUGAGAGCUCUUCAUUUCUAAUGAUCGCUGGACUAAUUUCUGGAAUCACAUUUAUUUUCCUCCUGCUCUUGCUGUGUUGCUGCAUGAAGUCCAAAGUUUGUAAUAAAGGUUCAGCUGAUGACCAGAGGGUGAGUCAGGAUGAAGAUCAGCAGCAGGUGUACUCCUCUCUUCUUCAUGGUGAUCGUUGUGUCUAUGAGACAAUCAGAGGCUCUAAAAGCACUGAUACUGGUCAAAUAGAAGAGCCCCGUGGUGACCCAGAGGAGAGCUCUGACUAUUAUAAUGUCAAUCCAAAUUCAACCCCAGGUCCAUAAAGAGCAGCUCACCAUCAACACAACGAGGAAAGUGACUGAUGACAACAGCUUCUGUUGAGGAGACAAUAUGACAGGUUUUACAUCACAUUAUAGCCAAACGUCUAAAAUAUUUUUAAAAUUGUUCUCUGUUGAUAUAUUUU